GUACCCUGCACAUUGACUCAGUACUGGUUCUCCUUAUAGUCUCAUUAUUACCUCAACUACCUGGUACCCCUGCACAUUGACUCAGUACUGGUACUCCUUAUAGUCUCAUUAUUACCUCAACUACCUGGUACCCCUGGACAUUGACUCAGUACUGGUACUCCUUAUAGUCUCAUUAUUACCUCAACUACCUGGUACCCCUGGACAUUGACUCAGUACUGGUACUCCUUAUAGCCUCAUUAUUACCUCAACUACCUGGUACCCCUGCACAUUGACUCAGUACUGGUACUCCUUAUAGUCUCAUUAUUACCUCAACUACCUGGUACCCUGCACAUUGACUCAGUACUGGUACUCCUUAUAGUCUCAUUAUUACCUCAACUACCUGGUACCCCUGCACAUUGACUCAGUACUGGUACUCCUUAUAGUCUCAUUAUUACCUCAACUACCUGGUACCCCUGGACAUUGACUCAGUACUGGUACUCCUUAUAGCCUCAUUAUUACCUCAACUACCUGGUACCCCUGCACAUUGACUCAGUACUGGUACUCCUUAUAGUCUCAUUAUUACCUCAACUACCUGGUACCCCUGCACAUUGACUCAGUACUGGUUCUCCUUAUAGCCUCAUUAUUACCUCAACUACCUGGUACCCCUGCACAUUGACUCAGUACUGGUACUCCUUAUAGUCUCAUUAUUACCUCAACUACCUGGUACCCCUGAACAUUGACUCAGUACUGGUACUCCUUAUAGUCUCAUUAUUACCUCAACUACCUGGUACCCCUGCACAUUGACUCAGUACUGGUACUCCUUAUAGUCUCAUUAUUACCUCAACUACCUGGUACCCUGCACAUUGACUCAGUACUGGUACUCCUUAUAGUCUCAUUAUUGUUAUUUUAAUGUGUUACUUUUUCCUUUUUUUAUUUACAAGGUACAAGGACAAGGUAGCACGUCCGGUGAACAGGUCAGAGAUCCAAAGUCACAGGCAGACCAGCGGAAACUGGAUCAGCAGCACUACAAGACCAAUCAAGCAGGAGAGACCAGCCUCCCCUGUACCCAGCUGUGUGUCCAUGAAGAGUGACUGGUCUAGGGAUCAACCUCUAAACUUUAAAAAGGGAGACUUUUCUACUGAACAAAGAAACCAACAGGAGAGAUCAGAGUCAGAGAUUCUCAGUGGUCAGUCUUCCCAGAGUCAUCAAACAGACCUGGCCUCCAUAUUCAGUUUGCUUGAAGAGAAUAUUAUGACAUUUGUGAAGAACGAGCUGAAGAUGUUCAAGAGGAUUCUUAGUCCAGAACUCCCAGAAGGCAUUGAGAGUCAGAAGCAGGAUAAGGAAGUGGUGGACGCUGAAGAUGAGAAGCAGGAGAGCAGUGCCAGAGAGGGGGCUCUGAAGAUCACACUGCACGUCCUGAGGAAAAUGAACCAGAAGGAGCUUGCUGACACACUGGAGAAAUAUGAGCUUGCUGUGUUUUGCCAACGUGAACUCAAAUCUAAUCUAAAGAAGAAGUUUCAAUGUGUAUUUGAGGGGAUCGCUAAACAAGGAAACCCAACACUUCUCAAUAAGAUCUACACAGAGCUCUACAUCACAGAGGGUGGAACAGGAGAGGUCAAUAAUGAACAUGAGCUGAGACAGAUUGAGACAACAACCAGGAAACAAGCAAGACCAGAGACUGCAAUCAAAUGUAACGACAUCUUCAAACCCUUAACUGGACAAGACAAACGUAUCAGAACUGUGCUGACAAAGGGAGUUGCUGGCAUUGGAAAAACAGUCUCUGUGCAGAAGUUCAUUCUGGACUGGGCUGAAGGAAAAGCAAAUCAGGAUGUCCAAUUUGUAUUUUCAUUCCCUUUCCGGGAGCUGAAUUUGAUGAAAGAGGACAAACACACUUUCAUUGAACUCCUCAAUCACUUCUCAAUGGAAACCAAACAAUCAAGAAUCUCCAUCUACAACAAGUACAAAGUUCUGUUCAUCUUUGAUGGUCUGGAUGAGUGCCGACUGCCCCUAGACUUCCAGAAGAACAAGAUCUGUUGGGACGUCACAGAGUCAACCUCAGUGGAUAUUCUGCUGACAAAUCUCAUUAAGGGAAAUCUGCUUCCCUCUGCUCUCCUCUGGAUAACUACCCGACCUGCAGCAGCAAAUAAGAUCCCUUCAGGGUGUGUUGACCAGGUAACAGAGGUACGAGGGUUCAAUGACCCACAGAAGGAGGAGUACUUCAGGAAGAGAUUCAGUGAUGAAGACCUGGCCAACAGAAUCAUCUCACACAUAAAGACAUCAAGGAGCCUCCACAUCAUGUGCCACAUUCCAGUCUUCUGUUGGAUUUCUGCAAUAGUCCUUGAAGACAUGCUGAAACAUAAGAAAGAAGAGAUGCCCAAGACUCUGACUGAGAUGUACACACACCUUGUGGUGUUUUAUACCAAACAGAAGAAUGAAAAGUAUCUUGGGAAAGAAGAAACAGGUCCACACUGGAAUAAAGAGAGCAUUCUGUCACUGGGAAAACUGGCUUUUCAACAGCUUGUGAAUGGCAAUCUGAUUUUCUAUGAAGAAGACCUGAAAGAGGCUGGCAUUGAUGUCAAUGAAGCCUCAGUGUACUCAGGAUUGUGCACACAGCUCUUUAAAGAGGAAUGUGGGCUGUACCAGGACAAGGUGUACUGCUUUGUGCAUCUGAGCAUUCAGGAGUUUCUGGCUGCUGUAUAUGUGUUCCUCUCAUUCAUCAACAACAAUGAGAAUCUAAUGGCUGAACCGCAAUCAAAGUCCAGGAACUUUUCUGUGAGAAUCAAACAAAGGCGUCAAGUUACUUUCUACAAGAGUGCCGUGGAUAAAUCCUUACAAAGUGAGACGGGAAACCUGGACCUGUUCCUCCGCUUCCUUCUGGGCCUCUCACUGGAGUCCAAUCAGAAGCACUUACAAGGUCUACUGACAAAGACAAGAAUCAGCUCACAGAGCCAUGAAGAAACAGUCAAGUACAUCAAGGAGAAGAUCGGGGAGAAUCUCUCUCCAGAGAGGUGCAUCAAUCUGUUCCACUGUCUGAAUGAACUGAAUGACCAUUCUCUAGUGGAGGAGAUCCAAAGAUACCUGAGCUCAGGAAGUCACUCAAAACCCAAACUGUCUCCUGCACAGUGGUCAGCUCUGGUCUUUGUGUUGCUGACUUCAGAAAAGGAGCUGGAUGUGUUUGACCUGAAGAAAUACUCCAGAUCAGAGGAAGGUCUUCUGAGGCUGCUGCCAGUGGUCAAAGCCUCCAGAGCUGUUCUGCUGUCAGGCUGUGGAGUCACAAAGGAAGGCUGUGCUUCUCUGGUCUCAGCUCUGAGGUCAAACCCCUCACACCUGAGAGAACUGGAUCUGAGUAACAAUGACCUGAAGGAUUCAGGAGUGAAGCUGCUCUCUGCUGGACUGGGGAAUCCCCACUGUAAACUGGAGACUCUGAGGCUGUCAGGCUGUCUAGUCACAGAGGAAGGCUGUGCUUCUCUGGUCUCAGCUCUGAGGUCAAACCCCUCACACCUGAGAGAGCUGGACCUGAGCUACAAUCACCCAGGAGACUCAGGAGUCAGACUGCUCUCUGCUGGACUGGAGGAUCCCCACUACAGACUGGAGAAACUCAAUGUGGAACAUGGUGGAGAAAACAGAAUGAAACCUGGGCUUAGAAAAUAUGUCUGUGAUCUCACACUGGACCUAAACACAGUAGACAGACUGCUCUCUCUGUCUGAGGAGAACAGAAAGGUGACAUGGGGGAGAGAGAAGCAGCCGUAUCCUGAUCACCCAGAGAGAUUUCAGGGCUGGGGACAGGUGCUGUGUAGAGAGGGUCUGACUGGGUGCUGUUACUGGGAGGCAGAGUGGAGUGGGAUAAGGGCUGUUAUAGGAGUGACAUAUAAAGGAAUCAGCAGGAGAGGAGUGGGAGAUGACUGUUGUCUUGGACACAAUGACAAGUCCUGGAGUCUGAUCUGCUCUGACGACAGUUACAUUGCCUGUCACAAUAAGAAUUCAACUUUCAUAGACGUCCCCUCCUCCAGCUCCCACAGAGUAGGAGUGUAUCUGGACUGGUCAGCCGGCACUCUGUCAUUCUAUAGAGCCUCCUCUGACACACUGACCCACCUGUACACAUUCACCUCCACAUUCACUGAGCCCCUCUAUCCAGGGUUUGGGGUUUGUUUAGAUGGCGACUCAGUGUCCCUGAAAUAAUAACCGGACACACACACAGACACUGGACUGAAUCAUACUGGACACACACACACACACACACACACACACACACACACACACACACACACACACACACACACACACACACACACACACACACACACACACACACACUGGACAGAAACACCCCGGACACACACACACACACACACACACACACACACACACACUGGGCACACACACACAAACUGAACACACACACACACACACACACACACACACACACACACACACUGGACACACAAACACAAUCAAACUGGACACACACACACAUACAAACACUGGACACACAAACACAAUGGACACACACACACAAUGGACACACACACAUCACUGGACACACACACACACACACACACACACACUCACUGGACACACAAACACUCACUGGACACACAAACACACACACACACACAUUGGACACACACACACUGGACACACACUGGGCACACACACACACGCCCUGGACACACACGCACAUUGUACACACACUGGACACACACACACACACACUGGACACACAUUCACUCUCUGGACACACACACACACUGGACACACAUUUGACACACACACACAAACUCGACACACACACACUGGACACACACAAACAACAGCACAAACACACACACACACAGCAGACACACACAAACAACAGCACAAACACACACACAGACACACACACACAGCAGACACACACACACAC